AUGAAACGUUUCUUCACGAAGAAGAAAGAAAGUGGAGCUGAAGAACGGAAGAGACGAAAGUUGGAGGCAGAGGAAGCCAAGAAGUCGAGCAAGUUGUUCAUGCACUUCUUUGAAAAGCCCAAAACAAGUAGUUCGACACGUUCCAUGGAGUUGCCUGCACCAGCCACAAGUUUGUUAAAAUCCGAAAUUGGAUCAAGUACAAAUGAGUCACAAGCUGAGGAGAAAGUCAAGUCAGAUGAAUCCGAGUAUAACGAGAUUAAGAGUGAGGCUGCCAGAGAGAACGUGAACAUUACAGGAGGGGAAGACGAUGGUGGUGGUGAUGUUGAGCUUAUUGACGAGAUUUUAUCUGACGGGAUUGAACCUGACAACACUGAACCUAGUGAACUGGAUGGUGUCAAAGAGCCUCGAAUUGUCAUACCAGAAGUGAUUGAACAGCAUGACAUUGGACUUCUAAAGUUCGAUAAGGAUACUGGAAAAGCAAUUUUGCCUGACACGUUGAGAACAGAAAUAAUAAAGCUGGGUUCGAAGUAUUUCCAGAACAGUGAGGGGCCUUUCCUACCAACAAAUAACCACUCAGUGAACAAAACUUGGUUCAAGAGGAAUGGUCAUAGGGAGGAAUGGAAAGCACAUGAAAGGAUUAGUGUUCAUGAAAAUGCUAAGAGUCAUCGGGAGUGCUUCACACAGUGGAAAGAAACGGAAAGAAAUUUAGCUCAAAACAGAGGAGUUAUUGAUGCGGAACUUCAGUCACAGAUUGAGAAGGAAAAGCAGAAGUGGCGUGAUAUUUUGACGAGAAUCCUUCACUGCAUAAAAUUCCUUGUGAAUCAGAAGCUGGCUUUGCAAGGACACAGGGAGCUAGAUGAUGACUCCAAUGUGGGAAGUUUCCUUGGCUUACUGAAACUACUGGCCAUCUUUGACCCUGUCAUGAAAGAACACCUCACUCAUGUGGAAAGUCAUCCUGGAUCUACGUCUUAUCUUUCACCGGUUGUCCAGAAUGAAUUCAUCCACAUGAUGGCAUCCACUGUUCGCCAGAGUUUACUGAGAAGCAUUCGUAAAGCCAAGUACUAUGGUCUCAUGUUUGACUCGACUCCUGAUCAGGCACACCGUGAGCAGAUGUCAGAAGUAGUGAGAUACGUGGAAGCUGAUUUUGAGAGGAAAACAGUUCGUGUUAGAGAGUCUUGA